AAUGGGAAAAGACAAAUAAAAAAAAUAAAAUUCAAAAAAUAAUUUAAAAAGUAAAUAAAAAGUACCUUUGAAAUAAUAUCAAAUUAAGAAAUUUUAAACUUCAAAAUAACAUAAUGAAAAACCUUAGGAAAGGAAUGAUGUAAUGAAAGUUUAAAUUUAAAAGAAGACAAUAUCAAAAAAGAAAAGUUAAUGA